AUGCGGAAGACCUGCACAAGUCCACUCUACGCCGAGAAAAUCCAAAACCUCCGUUACCUUUGCCUCAAGUUCACGCUGUCUGCCAGAAAGCGGUCGACAGGUACCGAUCUGGAUAUCCACAUCCACGAGAUGCCCAAGCUGCGAGACCUCUUGUCCUCGUCCACAGCCUCAGCGACACUACCACAGCUUCUCAAAACCUCACUAAAUAUCAGAGUGCAGGUUUACGCGGAUGAUGUGAAGAUAUAUGGUUGCUACAACGAAAACAAUCGUGACGAGGUCUCUAGAGCUCUUGAACAAUCUAUCGAGAAGCUUGAUGAGUGGGCUAGGAAUUUUGACUUAAUGGUCAACUUGAGUAAAUGUUUUGUACUCCACAUUGGUGACGGAGUGCCUCUUUACCAUCUUUCGGAAUACACAUAG